AUGGCGGCCUCGUCGUCGUUCAAGCCGAACCCGCUGUCGCUGAGCGUGCCGGACCCCGCGCUCGACCGCUGGCUCCGGGACAGCGGCUACCUUGACCUACUCGACUCCACCACCGGAGGGCCCUCGUCAGCCUCGGCCCCCUCCACGUCUGCCUCCGCCGCCGCCAGUCCCGUCGCUGGCCCGGCCUCCUCCGGCGUCGCGGCCGACGUCCUCGCCUUCGCGCGCACCCUCGCCUCGCUCCUCGCGCUCAACCCCUUCGCGCGCCUCUCCACCGCUGACCUGGCCGCGCCCACCCCGUCCUGGUCGCUCGCCUUCGUCGGGCCCCCCGGCGCCGCGUCCUACUCCUGGCCGCCCACGCCGACCCAGGCCAGGCUCCGCGUCCAGGAGAACGUCCGCCGGUACGCGCGCAACUACGCCGCGCUCACCAUCCUCGUCUUCGCGUGCUGCCUUUACCGGAUGCCGAUGGCGCUGCUGGGGAUGCUGGCCAGCCUCGCCGUCUGGGAGGGCGUGCGCUACUGCCGGGACCAUUGGGGCCUCACCACCAGAGCUCCGGGGGUUGCCCAGGCUCUGCUGCACUGUGCGCGAUUGGUCUAA